AUGUCAACAGUGAAAGGAUCAAAUACUGCUGUAUCUUCUGAUUCAGAAAGUAAUGAAACUGGCAAAAAAAAACAUAAUUUAAAGCCUUUGGAUCUUCAAAGAUUACAAAGAAUGGACGUAACUGGUGCCACUAUUUGUGAUGAAUUACCUCACCCUGAGACUUGCGAUAUUGUUUUACCUAAUCAAAAAGAAUACGUGUCUCAAAUAGCUGUUGAUAUUGGUGGAUCAUUAGCCAAAGUUGUAUAUUUUUCCAGAAGACCAAAUUCUUCAAAUGGUGGAAGAUUGAAUUUUAUAAAAUUUGAAACUGAAAAGAUUGAUGAAUGCAUUGAUUUUAUUGCAAAUUUAGUUUUUGCAAGAACACGCUCAAUUAAUCAACAAUCGGAUUCAACCGCUAAUAAUAAUAAUGGUAAUGACAAUGAUGGCAAUGAUAAUUCAAAUGGAAAAGUAGUAAUUAAAGCAACUGGUGGAGGUGCACAUAAAUAUUAUAAAAUUUUUCAAGAAAGAUUAAAAGGAGUAAAAAUUGAAAAAGAAGAUGAAAUGGAAUGUCUUAUAGAUGGCUUAAAUUUUUUGAUUUCAGAAAUUCCAUAUGAAGUUUUUACUUAUAGUGAACAAAACCCAAUGUGUUUUGAAGGCACUCCUUCAAAUAUGUUUCCUUAUAUGAUUGUUAAUAUUGGAUCUGGUGUUAGCAUAUUAAAAGUUACAGCUAUGGAUAAAUUCGAACGUAUUUCUGGAACAUCUUUAGGUGGUGGUACAUUAUGGGGAUUAUUAUCUUUGUUGACUGGAGCAAAAUCUUUUGAUGAAAUGUUAGAAUCUAGUAAACAUGGUGAUAACAUUAAUGAUAUGCUGGUUGGUGAUAUUUAUGGAACUGAUUAUUCAAAGGUUGGGCUUAAGGCCACAACAAUUGCUUCAUCUAUGGGAAAAGUGUUCAAAAAGAAUGUUAGACAGAGUAUGGGCGAUUUUAAAAGCCACCCUGUUACAAUGAACACUUUAUCUUAUGCUAUAAAUUUUUGGUCAAAUGGAACAAUGAAGGCUUUUUUCCUUCGUCACGAAGGUUACUUGGGCACCGUAGGUGCUUUCUUGAAGCACAGGACAAGACAUAGAUAUUCAUUUUCUGAAAACUUUACUAUGUCUCAAAAGAUAACCGGGAGUUCCACUUAUGCUUAUGGAAUUUUAGAAAGCACUCCAACAAAACUAGUUGCUUUCCCAAAAAUAGGUGACAUUACCCAUUAUCAACCUGAUACCAUAUCAUUAACAGAUCCUCAGAUUCAAGAUUGCUGGAUUAGCACUUUAGAAAAAAAUGAAAAUGUUAUUAAUAAUGAAGGCCCACUCCAACUAGAAAAACAGCAAGAAGAUAAUGAAGAUGCUAAACGUCGUGCUUCAACAUUUGAUACAUUAUUUAGAAGCCACCUGGACAAAUUACGUGAUCAGCCAAACAUGUAUGGAGCUUUUACCGUUAGAAAUUCAUUGAAUUUAAGAGAACAUUGUUUACGUGAACUAGGUUUUUCUGACGUUUUUGCAAAAGUCAAAUCAGAAGAAAAUAAGACCGCAUUAAAAAAUCUUCCUGAAGUUCUAAAUAAAGUUGACUCGCUUAUUUCCAUUGAUGAAAAAGUUGAAUAUUUGAUUGGUAACAUUUUGGCUGGUAAUAUGUUUGAUUGGGGAUCUGAUAAAAUACUUGAAAUGUUGACAAGUGGUGAACUAUCGUUUAGCAAUGCUCAUAAUAAAAUAAAUAAAACCAAUCAUUUAAAUCAAUCAAAAAGAUUUAUUCAAGCAAUCAAUAAUCGUUCGUCAUUCAAAAAAGUAGUUAUGUUUGUUGACAAUUCUGGUGCCGACAUCAUUUUAGGAAUGAUACCUUUUGCUAGAUUUUUUAUUUCCCGCGGAUCUGAUGUUAUUUUUGCAGCUAAUAAUCAUCCUGCUAUUAAUGAUGUUACAGUAAUGGUUGAAAUUGAUAAUUUGAUAGCAGCAGCUUGGGCAUCCAAGAAACUUGUAGUCAUGGGAACCGGAAGUUCUGGUCCGUGUCUUGAUCUUGGAAGAAUCGAUGAAGAAUUAGCCAAUGCUUGUUUAGAUGUUGACUUGGUAGUAUUAGAGGGAAUGGGUAGAGCAAUUCAUACCAAUUAUUAUACAAAAUUUAUUUGCUCUUCAUUAAAAAUAGCUGUUGUCAAGAGUUCAAUGGCUGCAAUAGAACUAGGAGCAAAUAUAUAUGAUACCGUGGUAUUAUAUGAAGAAGGAACUAAACAAAUUUGA